AUGGUAAGAUUCUGGAAUGCUGCGUUGAGGCAGCCGUUUGCUGUAAAAUUGGCAGGAAUGUGGAGAAGACAUCCUAAAUUCACAACUAAAACUGUUAUGGUUGAGAACAACGACGUGGACGAAGCGUUUACUCUUCUGAACAGGUAAUAUCUUUGGUUUUUGUUAAUGUUUUUAGGCGAGGUGCAAAAUAUAUGUUUUUUUAUCAUAAAUAAUGUGAAACAAGUUCUAUAUUGUUUUAAGUAUUCAUAUUUUUCAAAAUUUCAGGUUAAUGGAAAAGGAAGGUUUGAUGAAGAUUAUCAGAAAUACGCAGUACUAUAUCAAGCCUUGUCAACAGAGGAAACAGUUGUCUAUAGAUGCAUCUCAAGCCAUCGUUCGAGAAGACAUGAACAGAAAGAUGAAGUUCUUAAUGCGCAAAAACCGCGUUGAUGCUUAUCCAGGACAAAUUACUGCUUAG